AUGAUGACACAACUACCUUCCGUGUUUGAGUUGAUGGUUGGAACUCGUGGCCGUCAGCAAUCAGAGCUGGGUGCUUCCACCGCGGCUUCAGUUCCCGCUACCGUUGCAAAGGACGCCUCUUCGUCUGCUCCUUGGGCAAUCCCUCGCAUUUCCAGUGCAGCUUCCCUCCCGCUGGUGAUCAGUUCUCAAGGAUAUGCCCGAAAAUCCUCAGUGCAUCUGACACCAGAAGAGCCUUCACUGGUGCCUUCUCAUCCCAUUUCUGCGCGUAGGUUGACGGAACCAUCUCUAUACCAGCCCCAGGGCUAUCAACAACAAUAUCCCCAACAACAACACCAACAACAACCUCCACCACCUCCCCCUGCUCCUUCGCAUCAUCAACAACAACAUGCGCAGGGCCCAACUUCCCAUCCAUAUUACUCACAACAUCAAGCACAAGGUGUACCACCACCCCCACCGGGUCCCUCCCUGGGUCCCGUUCCUGGUUCUGGUCCUAUAAAUGCUCACAUUCACAGUCAGGGUCAACAGCAAGACUAUUUCCCCCGGCAAAGACCCAGUAUAUCGUCUUCUAUAGACAGUCUUACCCGCACAAACUCCACCAACGGACCCCUUACCUUGACGGCCACGUCUGCUGCAGGCUAUACAGUGCAGUACAGUCCCAAGAACCAUCCUCAUUCGCACCAUGUUUAUGCGCCCCCUGGCUCGAUUCAAGUGCAGCAAAUGCCGGGCCAACCUCCACUCUCGUACGCCACUGACUACUUUCCCCAAUUAAUCUAUACGCCCGUACAUCCAGGUCAACAACCCAACUCUAAUCCAUCUGCAGUUCAAGUCACAACCCCCACGGGGGGUGCUACCCACAUCCAUGGUGGAGCACAAGUGAUGUAUAGUCCCAUGUAUGCCACUUCUCUGGCAUAUUCGCAGCACCCACAGUUUGCCCACUAUGGUCAACCGCAUCUUUCCCAUCAUCUCCACCCUCAUAUGAUGACCCAGGGGUCACCUCCGCCACAUCUUCUUCUCAACCCCCACCUUCAUCAACAUCAAGGUGGUCACGACGAAAAUAACGCGCUCGUCAACAAACGCAGAAUAAUCAAGAGAAGAACGAGAACUGGGUGCUUGACUUGUCGUAAGAGACGGAUCAAGUGUGAUGAACGUAAACCACAUUGUUUCAAUUGCGAGCGGUCGAAAAAGGUUUGUCUUGGCUAUGAGAACUUGUCCAAAAAGAAGUCCACACAACUGCUGCUGCCACAUUCGGCCUCUGAUGAAGACGAGGACCAUGCCCAUGAUCUGGAGGUACAAUCCCUUCAACACUAA